CAUAAUAGAAAUCUGAUCAGUGAAAAUAUUAUUUUCAAAAUUGCUAGAUAACCUGUCUUUCUAAGCUAACUUAAAGUUAGCAGCGUGGUAUGAGAAGCAUAGUUUUUUGAAGAGCACUAAAAUUCUUUUUAUUACUUUGUAUUAGCUCAUUUUGUUUGAUAUUAAUCAACAUGUUCCGACAAGUUAUACGACCAGUAAUACAGAAUAUUCGAACAGUUAAAAACGUGCUAUUUUCUACUAACACUGAAAAUGUAAAAUUAGAAAAAACUGUAAAUCAAGUUACUUUACUAGGAAGAGUAGGAGGCGAUGCACAGAAAAGGGGUAACGAAGAACAUCCUGUUGUUAUAUUUUCUCUUGCCACACACAGUAACUACAAAUAUACGAAUGGUGAUUUCAUGCAACGAACAGAUUGGCACAGAAUAUGUGUUUUUAAACCAAAUUUACGUGAAACUGUCGCUACUUAUUUGAGAAAAGGUCAGAGAGUGCUAGUCGUGGGAAAAAUCAGCUAUGGAGAAUUUAAAGACGAACAAGGUAUUACAAAACCAAGCACUGCAGUAAUAGCAGAUGAUGUAAUAUUUUUUCAGUCAUUAUAAUAUCAAGGAUAUUAAUGUUUGACUGUAAUAUGUAUAUGUAUAUUAUGU